AUGAUUCAUUACCGCAUGGUCAGGAAGGAUGUCGAAGCUCUUCGAACCGCAUCAUUAGCCAAUUUGCCAGCUCGGAGCAACAUGGCCGACGACCGAGAACACAAGCGCCUUCGCGUCUCCGUCCCUGACGCAACAGUCCAAGCCGACGCCUGGGAUUUCCUCUCGCCCUGGCUCGAGCAGCUCCACGAGCGGCUCAUGGUCCACCCCGACGGCAACUUGCAAGUGCGGCACCCGGACUCUCGUCGCUUCCGACGCAACCAGAACCAAGAGACCGAAGUCACGCGCCCCGAACGAUUCGACACCAGCCACUGGCGCACGCGCGAGGCGGUGGCGCUGCUGGUGUUGGUGUACGCCGUCAACAACCAGUUCUUAGAGGCGAAAAGACGCAUCUUGAUGACACAAGAUGAUGAAUUCAAACGACACCCCCGCGUUCCGCAGUCCGUGGAGAUCCCAGUGUACCUUGAUGUUUCCUCGUAUGGAUACAAAAAUACUGAAUUUGUGGUCCAUAUGAAGGAAUUGGCAGAUCUGAUCGAGGCCACGAAAAGCUACAGCACGCAACAACACGGUGAUGCGAUCGGUGUCAAACACUGCGCGAGGACGAUCACGUUCACUCCAUUGAAUCCUUCUGUUUUGCCGGAGCUAGGUGGCAGUGUAAAGCCUUGUGCUGCAAACUUCCAGUUCCAGUUCCCCAAGAAGAAUACGCACUGGCUCAGGAGGAUCUGUGCCGGUCAGCUCGCUGUCGUUUCACUUCUCUACCAGUCCCAAGACAUUGGCCACGCUCCUCAGCCAGAUCGGGUGGUCACUGCGCAGACUCAGCCUGCACUAUACCCGCAAGUUGAACGGCGCGAGAUUGAUGACAGCCGUCCUGGCGUCGUGCCCGAAGCUGACGAGCCUACGCCUUAUAUCGGCUUACGAACGUUUUGGCGGGGAACGAGACCAGAGAUCGCGUCGCUUUCGUUCAUGGAGGUCCAUUAUAGUGGCCCUGACCACGGGGUGGCCCUGGCACAGCUCUUGGGGGACCCGACCAGUCGUCUCGCCAGGCAUUUGUUGGAAUUAGCCAUCACGACAGCAGACGAAUCUGACGCUGUGAACGGCUGGACCAUGCGAGCGCUCUGGAUCACUCCCAAGGACAACACAAGGUUGAAGACGCUGGAGCUCGUAGCGCUGUCGCGUGUGCUGAGACCAGGGAGGUCCCGCCUUCGACAGUUCCACGGGCAGGUUCUCCCACCGGUUCCGCUCGAUCUGCCGUCCAAGCUGGCGUUCAUCAGUGCGACGGCCAUCGGGGACAAAUCGCUUCCCAGCGUCCGCUGUCGCUUGUGUUGCGGUUUGCAGCCACCCGCGUCAUCCACUCUGUGA